AUGGACUUGGGGAACCACAGCACCAUCACGGAGUUUAUCCUCCUUGGGCUCUCUGCUGACCCUCACAUCCAGGUUGCACUCUUUGUUCUCUUCCUGGGGAUUUACCUCCUGACUGUGAUGGGGAACCUGAUUAUGCUGCUGGUGAUCAGGACUGAUUCCCACCUCCAUACACCCAUGUACUUCUUCCUGAGUCACCUCUCUUUUGUUGAUAUCUGCUUCUCUUCAGUCACUGUGCCCAAGAUGCUGGAGAACCUUCUUUCUCAAAAGAAAACCAUCUCAGUAGAGUGCUGCCUUACUCAAGUCUUCUUCGUGUUUGUUGCUGCAGGAACUGAAGCCUGUCUGCUCUCAGUGAUGGCCUAUGACCGCUAUGCUGCCAUCUGCCACCCACUGCUCUAUGGACAGAUCAUGAAUAAACAGCUGUAUAUGCAGCUUGUAUGGGGAUCAUGGGGACUGAGCUUUCUGGAUGCGCUCAUCAAUAUCUUUCUAGCUAUGAAGAUGGUCUUCUGCAAAGCCCAAAUCAUCCCCCACUACAGCUGUGAAAUGCCCUCUCUCCUCUCAUUGUCCUGUUCUGAUACCUCCAAAAACCUCAUUGCCUUGCUCUGCUCCACUCUUCUGCAUGGGCUGGGAACCUUCCUUUUGGUCUUCUUAUCCUAUGCCCGUAUUAUUGCCACCAUCUUGAGCAUCAGCUCCACCUCAGGCAGAAGCAAGGCCUUCUCCACCUGCUCCUCGCACCUCACUGCAGUGACUCUUUAUUAUGGCUCAGGUUUGCUCCGCCAUCUCAUGCCAAAUUCAGGAUCCCCCCUUGAGUUGAUCUUUUCUGUGCAGUAUACUGUAGUCACUCCUGUGCUAAAUCCUCUCAUCUACAGCCUGAAGAACAAGGAGGUGAAGGCAGCUCUGACACGAACUAUGGAAAAGUAUUUGCAACAUAUCAGGUGCUGA